UCAACAGCAGAAUGGGGUGGAAGCAUUUCAAAUGAAUGUGUCUUGAACUAUGCAUUGGGUGACAAUCUUACUCUGUCUUGUUGCCUUUAUUGGAAUAACCAAAACAGAGGAAACUUGUGGAGAUUCGUGGAGUGUGAAUUAUGAAGUAAAACCUAAAACUUUGGUAGUGAGAGGAAGUGCGAGUGAGGGAGCCAUAAUCAAAAUAAGCAUUCAAUCUUUGGACACCACCAUUUCCAAAUGCAUUCUAAAGACAGAUGCUAAUACAGAAAUAAAAAAUGGUGAAUUCAUCACUCCGCCAUUUCCCGUGUGUGGCAAUACUGGAUACAACGUGAGUUUGAGUAUAGAGUGCGAAAAUAUUGAGAAAGGUUGGAAGGAAAAAAUAAUAUGGACGCCGCCUGAAGCUCCUUCAAAUGUGAAAGCCGAGGAAGUGACAGAGUCGAGUUUUUUUCUAAAAUGGGAUUCACCCUUCGGAGGAAUUAUUUCAACUUACAAAAUCCAACUGAACGAAGAAAUUUUUACUCAAAAUAACAACGACCCCUUCUAUCGGGCUGAAGAUCUCCAACCGAACACCAACUACACUGUAAGGGUGUCAGCCAGAGGGAAAGAGGAAUGGAGUGAUUCGUCACAUCAGAUUGUCGUUAGAACAAAAAAAUCGCUUCAUCCUCCUGUUCUGGAACUUCGUGAUGUUACAAACACAACUGUCAUUCUCGGUUGGGAAGACCUAGGAGAUCUGCUGUACACUCUAAAAUGGAACCAAGAGACAGUCACUACAAACUUCUCAACCAUUAGAGUGGAAAAUCUAACACCCUUCACCUAUUACGACUUCUAUGUGCGUGUCUCUGACGGCAAUAGAAUAGGAAACUGGUCAGUAGUCCGUCGUGUUCAGACAAAACCAGGAGUUCCUUUCCCUCCCCGAAAUGUAAGAGAAAAAUCGAAGGGAAGUCGGAAUAUAUCUCUGGAGUGGGACGAGCCACAGCCUUCUAGAGGCGACAUAACUCUUUACAGUGUCAGGUCUUUAUACUCCAGAAAGAGAAGCAUACAACCUUCGAAUGUUCUGUCCACGAACGAAACUUGGAUUGUAAUUGAAGGAUUGAAGCCUGCAAGAAGAUAUGUCAUCCAAAUGAGUGCCUCCACCGAGGCUGGCAUGGGGAAUUGGACGGAACCAUUGUCGAUCACCACCUUGUCAGAGCCUCCAUUCCCGCCUGAAAAUAUAACUGUCACAGACAAGACUGAAAAAAGUUUGUCCCUUCAAUGGAACUUACCCGCUCAAAAGACUGGAAGAAUUCAAUUCUACACUGUAGAGUGGAAUGACAGGGAUUCUUUGAACACUACAGAACUUAAAUGCACCAUCGAAGAUCUCAAACCGUACACCACAUACUACAUCCGAAUCAAAUCUUGGAAUGAUGCCGGUUUUGGAAAUUGGUCAGACACUAUUGCAGAAACAACAGCUGCAGGGGUUCCUUCACAUCCUCUCAAAAUUCAGAAUACGAGCCUCACGAACUCGAGUAUUGAAUUGACGUGGGAUGAACCCUAUCCGUAUGUGGGUCCCAUUCUUUUCUACAAAAUAAAAUGGACGAGUUCAAAAACCGAGGGUGAUGCAGAAGCUCUGAACAGGACCCAUCUGAUACAAGACUUAUCUCCUUACACAAACUAUACAAUCCAGGUCCAGGCUAAGACGGAUGCCGGAUUCGGACCAUGGUCAGAUCCUAUUAUCACACAAACCAAAGAUGGAAUUCCCUCCGCCCCUCUGAAUCUUCGUGAGAAAGGCGUGACCAACUCUAGCAUCGAAAUGGAGUGGGAUGAACCGCAUCCUGUAGUAGGAUCCAUCAGCCUCUACAAACUGAAAUGGUUGAACAUGAAGAACAAUAGUUGGGCAGAAAAGGAAACUGAGGCCUCCACUUUUCUCAUCGAUGGAUUAAAUCCUUAUACAAACUAUAGCAUCUCGGUGCAGGCGAAAACGAAUGCUGGCUAUGGGGCAUGGUCCAAACCCGUGGUUAUACUAACAGAUAUCGGAGUUCCAUCUUCUCCUCUGAAUCUUCGUGAGAAAGGCGUGACCAACUCUAGCAUCGAAAUGGAGUGGGAUGAACCACAUCCUGUAGUAGGAUCCAUCAGCCUCUACAAACUGAAAUGGUUGAACAUGAGGAACAAUAGUUGGGCAGAAAAGGAAAUUGAGGCUUCCGCCUAUCUCAUCGAUGGAUUAAAUCCUUAUACAAACUAUAGCAUCUCGGUGCAGGCAAAAACGAAUGCUGGCUAUGGGGCAUGGUCCGAACCCGUAGUCAUACAAACAGACAUCGGAGUUCCACUAUCUCCUAUUAAUCUUCGAGAAAACCUUACAACUAACACGAGCCUCGGUAUAGCGUGGGACAGUCCUGGUGACAGUGCUGGCCCCAUUGUUCUCUACAAAGUGAGGUGGAUGGACAUGAGCAACAGCAGAAAUGGUGAGCAAGAAACGAAGGAUAGAGUUUUCCGCAUUCAGAAAUUGAAACCUUAUCAGUAUUACUUCAUCCAAGUGCAGGCCAAAACAAUAGCUAGUUAUGGACCGUGGUCGAAGCAACUUAGGUUACGGACAAGUGAGGGAGUCCCAUCAGCUCCAAAGAAUGUUCGAGGAAAGGAUGUGAAGAAUACAAGCAUAGAAAUAGAGUGGGACAUCCCUAAACCCGAUGUUGGCCCAAUCACGGUGUACAGAAUCCGCUGGACUAACAACACCAGAAGUAAUCUGCAUGAGACAAAAGAAACAUUCUAUUUAAUAAAGGACUUGAUUCCAUUCAGUAACUACACCAUUGAGGUGCAGGCGGAAACGAAGGCCAGUCCAGGAAAGUGGUCUGAACCUGCCACGAUACAAACAUCUGUAGGAAUCCCAUCAGCUCCAAAGAAUGUUCGAGGAAAGGAUGUGAAGAAUACAAGCAUAGAAAUAGAGUGGGACAUUCCUAAACCCGAUGUUGGCCCCAUCACUCUGUACAGAAUCCGCUGGACUAACACCACCAGAAGUAAUCUGCAUGAGACAAAAGAAACAUUCUAUUUAAUAAAGGACUUAAUUCCAUUCACUAGCUACACCAUUGAGGUGCAGGCGGAAACAGAGGCCAGUCCUGGAAAGUGGUCUGAACCAGCCUCGAUACAAACAUCUGUAGGAAUCCCAUCAGCUCCACAGAAUGUUCGAGGAAAGGAUGUGAAGAAUACAAGCAUAGAAAUAGAGUGGGACAUUCCUAAGCCCGAUGUUGGCCCAAUCACGCUGUACAGAAUCCGCUGGACUAACAACACCAGAAGUAAUCUGCAUGAGACAAAAGAAACAUUCUAUUUAAUAAAGGACUUGAUUCCAUUUACUAACUACACCAUUGAGGUGCAGGCGGAAACGAAGGCCAGUCCAGGAAAGUGGUCUGAACCUGCCACGAUACAAACAUCUGUAGGAAUUCCUUCCGCUCCAGAGAGACUGGUUAAGAGUCACGUGACGAAUCACACCAUUGAAGUAAUAUGGGAAGCUCCUCAGCCCAACAGAGGACCCAUUUUAUUCUAUACCGUCCAAUGGGGGUCACAUAAUGAUACCACCAAUGAACUUGAGUACGUGAUUGAUGGUCUCAAUCCAUACACCGAUUACUAUAUUGCUGUAAGAGCAAAGACUGAAGCCGGUUAUGGAAAAUUUUCAGAUGUCCUAAGAGUGAGAACGAAAAUCGGAAUUCCCAGCAUUCCAAGGAGUGUGUCUGAUGCAAGCAAAAAUGCAACGUACCUCCGUUUGACGUGGCUCCAACCCCAGCCCAUGAAUGGUCCCCUCGAUUUCUACAAAGUACAGUGGAAUGCGGUUGAUGACAAUCGCCUGCAAACAGUCUUUACUAAUGACACCACUUUUGAGUUUUUCCCACUCCUCCCUUACACGAACUACAAUUUUCAAGUGAGUGCCAGCACGGUGGAGGGGUGGGGUGAACCAUCAGUCACGUUUACGACAAGAACUGGAAUUGCAGUUCCACCAGAAGCAACGGUCACGUUUCUAAAAGUUGAAAAUUCCACGGAUUAUCUUGCUGAGUGGCGAGUUGUCGCACCUUAUCCUGGACCAACUACUUAUGCAGUAUAUGUGUGGAAGUUUGCCGGUCAAUGUGAGGGUGGUGGACGCAUCCACGAUAUUCUACGGGGCAGCAAGAGUCGGAAGGAAUGGAAUCAGCCAACUGAAGUGCAAGUAUAUGGUCUGACUGCCUACUCUCGAUACUCUGUUUCGGUUCAGCUGAAAACAGAAGCAGGUGAAACAAAGAGUAACGACAGUGAACCAAUACACACGCCUGCCGAAGCUCCCGGUCCCCCAACAAAUGUUCGAGCGAACUGCGAAGAAAAAAGUACGGAGGCUGAUGUGAGCUGGAGUCUACCUGCUAAUCCUAAUUCUAAAAUUACUCAUUAUUUCGUUGAGUAUGGGAGCGAGUAUCUAGGUUAUCGUGAGGUGUCUGUGAAAGUGAACGAUGUGUGUCAAGUACAAAAGAUAACACUCAGAGGAUUGCGUCCUGAACGGGACUACAAAAUCUCUGUGAGAGCCAUUGGGGAGGGUGUCACCAAGAAGGGUGAGCAGGCCUCACCCCCCACUUCCUGUCUACUGCCUGCUGGAGGUCGUAUUUUAUACUUUUGUGCUUGUAAAUUAACUACGUCUUUUUAAAUGCAUUAAAGCGACUGGAUAAAAUUGCUUCAUUAUUUACAUUUUAAUUGAAAAUAAAAUCAGGCAUAGUUUAGCAUGUAUUGAAAUUAAUUGAGCAUAAU